CAUAGGAUGAACACAGAGCGCAUAAGCUCCCAGCUCCAGGAAACAGCUAUAAAAGGCAAAAUUUACCGGUAGCUAACGGUAACUGAACUAAAGGCUCAGGCUCCGAUGCUGGUGCUGCUCCUCAUUUCUGUCUCUCUCCUCCUUAUUCCUUUGCUCUUCUUCUUCUUCCUCCUCACUGGCGAUGGGGACUUCACGUUGAUGUCCAAGAGGCAUGUAAAGCGGGAAGAAAUCGAGGAUAAAGUUGUUUGGAUUACUGGAGCUAGCCGUGGAAUUGGUGAGAGUCUUGCUAAACAAUUGGCAAGUUUAGGUGCCAAACUUAUUCUUUCUGCUCGGGAUGAAGCUGCAUUGGAGCGAGUUAAGAAGCAACUUACAGGCAAGUAUGCACCUGAUGAAGUGAAGAUUUUACCUUUGGAUUUGGCAUCUGGCGAAGAUUCUCUUAGAGAGGCAGUGGAAAAAGCAGAGUCCUUUUUCUCAGGAGCUGGUGUUGAUUAUAUGAUCCAUAAUGCAGCCUAUGAGCGCCCUAAAACAACAGCUCUGGAUGUAACUGAGGACAGUCUCAAGGCUACAUUCAACAUUAAUGUUCUGGGGACAAUAUCUCUUACACGGCUACUGGCACCUUUCAUGCUGAAGCAAGGGACAGGCCAUUUUGUUGUGAUGAGCAGUGCUGCUGGCAAGGUACCUGCUCCAGGACAGGCUGUAUACUCUGCUUCUAAAUUCGCUCUAAAUGGGUAUUUUCAUUCCUUGCAUUCUGAGCUCUGCCAAAAAGGGAUUAAGGUAACCAUUGUUUGUCCUGGGCCAAUAGAAACAUCACAUGGCUAUGGAGCUACAAUCUCAGCAAGGAAGGGUUCUGAGGUGAAACGUAAUCAUGUGUCGUCAGAAAGGUGUGCAGAAUUGACAAUUAUUGCAGCCACCCAUGGUUUAAAGGAGGCUUGGAUAUCACAUCAGCCAGUACUUACUGUGAUGUAUCUAGUGCAAUACAUGCCAACCAUUGGCUACUGGCUCAUGGAUAAGAUUGGAGGAAAGCGAGUUGAAGUAGCUGCACAGAAAGGCAACACAUACUCAUGGAGCUUAUUGUUUGGAAACAAAAAGGCCUGAAUUUCUCAUCAGGUUAUAAUCGAAUUGGAUGAAAACCUAAAUCGAGAGGAAUCUUUUAUAGUUCUGAUUUUGGUUCCUUCAAACUUUGAACCCAAAUGGAUUAAUUUUAGUCCGAUUCAAUCAAUCAGCUAACAUAUUUCUCCUUA